CGACGUUCUGACAGGCUGGGUUUUGCUAGCUGUUAUCCGCUAUUUGGGGAUAAACUACGCGUUGCACGGUUCAAUUAAACUCAUUUUUUACAUAAUUCAUUGAUGAAUUUUCGUGUGCCAAAAUAAAAAAGCUAAAGUAGGAUUAUGUUUAGAUUUUAGCUUUCUUUAAGUCAAACGCCGCCAUGUAUCACAACAGCUCUCAAAGAAAGUACUGGAUUUUCAAAAAUGAGGCUGAACUUGACCAGAAAAGAUGCAGUGCGAAUGAGGCAUUUCGUAAUAAAGUUAUAGAAAGUGGAAAGGCGGGUGUGAAUGAGUCCAUGUUCUUGAAACGUAAUGAAGAAGACGUCUUAUUCCGCCACUAUGAGAGGAGACUCCUGGACUUCUGCUGCGCCUUUAAACCACCAAUGCCCAAGUCUGUUGUGGGCACAGCCCUCACGUACUUCAGGAGAUUCUACCUGAACAACUCUGUUAUGGAGUACCACCCUAGGAUCAUCAUGCUGACGUGUGCUUACCUGUCCUGUAAAGUGGAUGAAUUCAACGUGUCCAGCACCCAGUUUGUGGGCAACCUCCUGCAAGAGACCCCCGCCGGACAAGAACGGGUUCUUGAGCAAAUCCUGGAGUAUGAACUGCUGUUAAUCCAGCAACUCAAUUUUCAUCUGGUGGUUCACAACCCCUACAGACCGCUGGAGGGUUUGCUCAUCGACCUUAAGACUCGGUACCCUGCACUGGAGAACCCAGAGUCGCUGAGGAAAAGUGCCGAUGACUUUCUGACGCAGGCGGUCAUGACGGAUGCCGGGCUGCUGUGUUCCCCCUCCCAGAUCGCUCUGACAGCUAUUCUGAAUAGUGCGUCCAGAGCUGGUCUCAGCAUGGAAAGCUACCUGAAUGAGUGCUUGGGACUGAAAGAAGAUAAAGAUUCCCUCUCAAAGAUGUUCGAGUUAAUGCGGCGAACAAAAACCCUCCUCAAGAAGUAUGAGCUCCCCAAACCAGAGGAGGUGAACAUCUACAAACAGAAGCUGGAGAGGAUUCAUGCAGAGUUUAGCAGUUCAAGCAAUAAACGAAAGAGAGGAUAUGAAGAAGACGACCAUGUAGCUAAAGAGGCACGACUAGAAGAAGAGGAAUGGACUGAUGAAGAUCUCUUAUGAAGAACUGUGGCAUCAAAUUCUACAACAUUCAUAUUUUUUAUAACAUGAUUCUACAAUUUCAAAUACAUUUUUCAUUUGUUUGUGAGCUCAAUAAAGUUUUUUUUCUUUCAUCA